UUUAAACUUUUAUGCUUUUCAUAACCCAGGGAUAUAAUUAUAACACCAACAAAAUAACAUGCUGCCUGUACAAAUGUUCCAACUGCAGUUCACCGAAGUGGCCAAGAAAAUUAAACGAAAUUAAUGACCCUCCCUUUGCUGCUAACAUGACAAAUAAUAACAACACUCAGUAACCAAGUAACCGAAACCCAAGGAUUACAUGUAUCAUCCAUAGUCAGGAUGGAAGGAGGAUAGACUUAUGUUUUGACUUUCCGCGGCCUGUUGUUAUCAUUUUGCGCUGUAAAGGGAUUAUGAGGAAGGCAGCGAAGUGAGUCAGUGAGGUCAUUGAUAAGGUUGGUAGGCUUCAUCCAAUCCAGGAAGUUGCCAGGAACACUGGUAUAAAAUGAGAUGGACUGAAGCAGAAGUCCUCAAUAUAAAGGAGUCCUGCACAGAGGUAUGAUGAAGGGGAAACUUUCUCGCAACAUGGUAACUGCUGCAACCACAAUGGGCUCAGUGAAAUCAGCUGGACUAUCUCUUCUUCUGUUGUCUUUUUUUCUUUACAUAGCCGAUUCUUACCCCAACGUUGACUUGUCAAACAUGGGCUGUGAGGAAUGCACACUGAGAAAGAACAGUGUUUUCUCAAGGGAUCGUCCAGUCUACCAGUGCAUGGGCUGCUGCUUCUCCAGAGCGUACCCAACCCCUCUCAAGGCCAUGAAGACAAUGACAAUCCCAAAGAACAUCACCUCGGAGGCAACAUGCUGCGUCGCAAAGCACAGCUACGAGACAGAGGUGGCUGGCAUAAGGGUGAGAAACCACACAGACUGCCACUGCAGCACUUGCUAUUUUCAUAAGAUAUGACUGAUGGGAACGGGAGACCAUUCUGCAGCGCUAAGCUUGGCGACAAAUUGUGUUUCUUUUAAUAUGCACGAGCUCUUCUCUGUUUUAAAAUUUAUGUUGCCAUAUAAUAUUUUUGUAGCAAUUCAGUGUCUGUGAUGUGUAAUUAGCCUACGAUUUUGCAUUGAUAGAUGUAUACAAUUAAUUGUAGAUUGAAAAGCA